UGCAUAUACUUACUUAAAACUAAUUUAUAUAGUCGUUCUAAUCUGAUUAUAAUGGAAAGCAAAAUUGACCAACUGAAGUCAACAUUGGAACUGAUGGAAUCACGCAUAACAAAGAAUUUAAAAAUCGAAAUCAAAGCAAUCGUAGAAGAGAGCAUAAGGGACCUACUUGAAGAUUCAAUAACUGAACACGAUAAGAAAAUAUCAAGUCAAAUCAACGACUCAGUCAUGAAUAAUACCCAACAAAUGACUGAGAAACUGGAAACAAUGUUUCUCCAGACUGACCAAUUAGUUGAGAAGCUCUCCAAAGUAACUCAAGAACUGGAAUAUCUGCGUUUCAACAAUACUAAAUUGGACACCGACUUAUGCACUGUCAAAGCUAGUCAAGAAUUUAUUGGUGCAGAAUUCGAGAUUCAAAAAGAUUAUAUUGCAAAACUGGACCAGGUGGUGAGAGAUCUGACUGCAAAAAAUGAAACCCUACUCAGCAUUUGUAACUCCCUUCAGCAGCGUUUUGAUCAUGACUUCGAAGACCUCGCGCAAUAUAUGAGAAGAGAAAAUCUUGAAUUUCAUGGAAUUCCUUACAAAGAUGGUGAAAACACAGAUAAAAUAGUUGUGGGAAUAGGGAAAAAACUGGGCAUAACUGUUGAAAGGCUGGACAUUUCAGUUUCGCAUCGUCUUCCAAGAAGAGACUCGUCCAAAACUGGGCCCAUCAUUGUGCGUUUCACCAACAGAAAUAAAAAGAAUGAGUUUAUAGCCAAAAAGUAUGACGCGUCACGAAUCAAAGACUUCGGGAUUACAGUGAUUUCAUUUCUAAAGUUUUAAGUGUAUGUGACAACCAUGCACCACUAAGGAACCUAACCAGAAAGGAACGUCAAUUAGAGAGAAAGCCCUGGAUAUCAGCUGGCAUCUUGCGCUCAACCAAAAUAAGAGAUUAAAUUGCAUAAACGCACUUUAUUAACGGAUCCAUUGAACAAAAACAGCACUAUAAGAGAUACGCAAACAAAUUAUGCCACUUGAAAAAGAAAGCCAAAGAGAUAUAUUUUGCGAAACGCUUUGAAAAAAAUAUAAAUGACCCAAAAAAGACUUGGUAUACAAUUAAUUCAUUAAUAAAUUCAAAAACUAAUAAUAAUGUUACGCAAAGAUUAAUUGACCAGCACUCAGGGGAGGUUGUUCAUGAUAGUGCUAAAAUUUCAUUUAUGUUCAAUAGCUAUUUUUCUCAGAUUGGACAAACCUUAUCUUCUGCUUUUCACAAUGUAAGUGAUCAUGAUCACCUGAAAUUCAUGAGUGCCCCAAAUAAGUCGUCCAUGUUCAUGGAAGAUGCCUCAUUAAAUGAAGUAGUAAACAUUAUUAAUUCUUUAAAAACAAACAAAGCAACUGGAUACGAUCAAUUACCAGCUUAUCUCAUAAAACUUCUCUGCAAUACCAUAAGUCCCAUACUCUGUAAACUCUUCAAUUACUCUGU